GACGAGAAAAAUCAGAUGAUGACAACCAACGUCUGGCUGAAACAGGAGUGGAAUGACUACAAGCUACGCUGGAGACCGUCUGACUACGACAACGUCACGUCCAUCAGAGUACCGUCAGAACUCAUCUGGGUCCCAGACAUCGUCCUCUACAACAAUGCGGACGGUGAGUUCGCCGUAACCCACAUGACCAAGGCCCACCUGUUCUACAAUGGGAAGGUGCGCUGGGCCCCGGCCAUCUAUAAGUCCUCCUGUUCUAUAGACGUCACCUUCUUCCCCUUCGACCAGCAGAACUGUAAGAUGAAGUUUGGUUCCUGGACUUACGACAAGGCUAAAAUUGACCUGGAACGAAUCGAGAACACUGUGGAUCUGAACAACUACUGGGAGAGUGGAGAGUGGGCCAUCAUCAACGCAGUGGGAACAUACAACACCAAGAAGUACGACUGCUGUCAUGAGAUCUACCCUGAUAUCACCUACUUCUUCAUCAUCAGACGGCUGCCUCUCUUCUACACCAUAAACCUGAUCAUCCCCUGUCUGCUCAUCUCCUGUCUCACCGUCCUGGUUUCUUCGGUAGUCUUCUAUCUCCCUCAG